GAUGAAUCAUGCUGGAGAGGAGACGAGGUGAGAUGAAUUUGGGAGAUCAGGAAUUAGUUGAUAUUGAUUCCAAAAUAGCCCAUUAAUAAUUGUUAACUUACUAUGCACACUUUAGUUAAAUAUUAUUAUUGUCCCUCCAGGGCCGCGUGGCGCUAAGCCGGCGCGACUUUUGUGUCUCCAACCGGCGCACUGCGAACGGGUGAAAAAAUCAGACAAUCAGACAGUCAGAUAGUCAGACAGACAUCCGACACCAGCCUCAGAUAUCGCCAGCUUGUUGAAACAUCUGGCGUCAGCUUCACAGCUAGAUUAUUAUUUAAGAUUGUCAACUGCUGCACCCUUAAAUCCAUCCCUGCGGAUAUCAACUCCUUUCGCCCUAUCUAUAUCUCUGCUCCAUCUUCUCCCCUCUCUCUCCGUGCCGCUCUUUAACUAUAUUAUCCAUCCUCUUUGUUUCGUGCCCUGUCGACCCUCAUUUCCACUAACUAGCGUUGCGGCAGUCAACCGCGCUACUCUGUACGGACGGAGUACUACUCCGUACAAGUGACACCGCUUCAUCUCCAACGCUGCAACCCGCCCUGACGGACUGACCGACUACCCCGACCUCUUCUAUAUUAACAACGCUUAUAUCAUUUCUGCAGCCUGUGGAAAUCUCUGCUUCUCUCUCGUUACUGGCCAACCGUUUCCGUUCCUGUCAUCGUUUUGUCGUCAUUGGUUCGUUUCUGGCCACACAUCGCGAAUAGUAGCGCUUCACCGCGCAUCCAGAUCCUCCUCCUCACCAUGAAGCGGUUCGUAGGGAGUAUAAAUAAACAUACCUCCCAAUCCGUAUCUCGAUCUUCUUCCUACCCUCCAGGCUCGUCAGAGGCUGUCGUAUUGGCUGAACUGACUGCUUUUUGUGAGUCUGGAGGACCAAACAAUACAGGAGAUGAAUACCUUCACCUGCCCGCCAUCGUUGAGACCGCGGAAUCAAGCCCGAGCGCCGCAAAAGCAGCCGCAGACGCGAUCCGCCGUGUCCUCUCAAAUCCAGAUAGUAAAAAAGGCUACAAGCAGUACAAUGCCAUCAUGCUCAUCCGGAUCCUGGCCGAUAACCCAGGAACGUCCUUCACACGCAACUUCGAUGCCAAAUUCGUCUCGACGAUUAAAGUCAUGCUGCGCGACGGGCGGGAUAUGAGUGUACAACAGAUCCUACGAGAGACGCUGGAAUUCCUCUCCGUACAGAAGAGCCACGACCCGAAUCUAGCGCCGUUGGCCGAAAUGUGGAAGAAGGAGAAGGCGAAGUUUGAGAAGGCAAUGGGUGUGAGUGCGGGGCCAUGGGCGCAGCCAUUCAACCCGGGCCAGCGAGACGAUUACUUUGCGCGCCAGCAUCGGCCCAGAGGCCUCCCGUCACUCGAAGAACUGACCGCCAGAAUAGCAGAAGCCAACACCUCCGCCUCACUCCUUGUUCAGCUCGUCCAGUCAACACCAACAGCGGAGUUCUACUCCAACGACCUCUUGGGGGAAUUCUCUGCGCGCUGCCAGGCUGCCUCCAGAUCGAUCCAGGGAUACAUGAACGCGACGAAUCCCGCACCGGACGAAGAUACCAUGCUCACGCUGAUAGAGACGAAUGAUAAACUCUCCGACGCGUUCUCGAAAUACCAGCGCGCCGCUGUUAUCGCCAGGAGGAACGCGAGUAGGACUAAUUCUCAGCAAGAGAUUCCGCCAGUUUCGCAGCAGUGGCCAUAUCAGCAGCAGCUGCCGCCUCCGCCGCCGCAUCUACAUCAGCCCGAACAACAGAACUAUGAAGUACCGACCGGGAAACGCUCCGUCCCGCUCCUCUCCAUCCCACGCAAAGCCCUGAACAAAUUCCGCUCAGACAAGCAAGAGCAGCCAAUCGACGCACAACUACACCAAUACCAACACCCCGCCUCCUUUCCCCAAACACUUCCAGAACAAACCACCACCACCACCACCGGCGCCCGGUGGACAACCCAAACCCCACGCCCCCGCUCCGCCGUCUCCCCCUUGGCCACAACUCCACCCCAGCUCCCCUCCACGAACAACCAGCAUACCACCACCGUUCCGUCCCGCACCGCCGCCUUAACCAGCCACGCAACCCACACGAGCAGCAACAACGCCACAUCGUCACCAUACCACUACAACUCCAGCGAAUUCCAGGUCGAGAACCCCUUCGCGGACACGUAUAGCACGUCCACGUCGCUGCCCGAUAAUAAUCUUAACAGUAAUCAUACCACGACCACGACCAGGGGGGGUGUACGCGGUAUAGGCGUAAUACGUACAGAUAGAGAUACAGACACCGAACCCCUGACGAGUAGCACGUACUACCCAGAUGCGCGGAACGUGAUGGUUGAUGGGAACAUGCCCGGGGCCGGCGGGGCGGUUGGCUCCACCGCUGGAGGCUUGAGGGGGAGGUGAAAGAUGAAUACGGGUUACGGGAUGCGGGGGCUAGUGACCAAGAGGGGUUGAUGCUAAAUGUUGGGCGUUGGAGGUUGGAAGGUUAAGUAAGGGGUAUGGCUGGUUGUGAUGCUGGUCGUUGUUACAUGUUACAUACCUCGCUUACCUUGAAUCCUUGCAUGCCUUGCAUUGAUGGAUGGAUGGGAUUUGAUAUGAUUGGGGGGGGGCGGGGGCUAGGGGCGAUCGCUCGAUCUUCUUCUUUUUUGUUUUGGUACUUGCUCAUUAUACCUAUUUCUGCUUUUCCUGAUGGAACGAAACGAACCCGCCCCUUGCUUCUACUUCUCCUUCUGCUUCUGCUUCUGCUUGCACGUUGAAUGAACCGGCUCAUCUCGCUUGUUUCUUUUUGUUUUCUUUUCUUUUGUUCCCUUCUUUUUUGGUGUUUACUUGUCUUUUUUCAUACAUACACAUGUAUAUAUCGCCCUUUGCUGCGCCACGUUUUCCCAGUUUGUUUGCCUUGCCUUGUCUUCUUCUCCUUUCGAUCGCCUGUACCUUUAUGAAAUCUUGCCUGAUUCUUUGUUUUUUUUGUUCAUGGGUAGGUAGUAUGGUUGGUGGUGGCGAUAGUAAGGAGUAGCAUGACUGAAAUAUGACUUUCUUUCUCUGCCUUUUCUUUUAUAGUUGUAUAUAUGCUGUGGUUUUUAUGACUGUUGAAGGUGCUUUUUAAGAAGCAUGUAGUUUUUCUAUAUGUCCAAGCUGGCUGGCAGUAGUAGUGUAAUGUUAGUGUGGAUGGCGGUGAUGUAUUAAUAAUAUCAAAUAUCUGGUACGACUAAAUCUGAGAAUGUUUGAUAUUUCAUUGUUUCCUCCCCCCAUAGGUAUCUCUCAUUGCUUCUCACUUUGCUGAUAAUUAUUUCCUUUUUGCCUUUUAAAUAUAUAUGGUGUUUUAAAAUUUUGUGAUUCAAUCUAGCUAGCGAGGUCCUUGACAGCACAACAUUCUGUAUGUAGCUUGCUUGCUAAGGCUGAAUUCACUUGCCCUUCCCCCUCUCUUUGAGAGAGUAUAUACUAUUCAUUCCAUUCUAUGCUGUACUGUACCAUUAUUGUAGCAGAUUCAAAACUCAGUUAAAAAAAUCUCUCUUCACUUACACAGAUGUGUCUUCCUGAUUUCAAAACAAGUCACUUUGUAUUUAAUCAUUUCUUUUUAAAUAUUAUUAUCAUCUAUCCCAUCCUUUCCCCCCCCCACCACACAAACAUACACAGGGUUUGGAAAUAAAAAGAAUGAAUAGCAUUGUAUAAAUCAACCCCCUUGAAUUUGUCUAAUUAUGUACUGUACAAAUGUUUAUCUAUGUCUAUGUCCAUAGAUGUGAGCUAAAUUGUAUGUAAUGAGUAGUAUUAUGUACGCACGGAUGAAAAAAAAAAAAAAAAAAAAAAAAAAAGAAAAUGAAAGAAAAUGAAAGAAA